AUGUUACUGUUUUGUAUAAGAGGAAAAGAUACAAGAGAGAAUUGUGCCGCCAUAUUUCGAACCACAGUGAGCGUGAAGAAAAGGCAUACGAUGAAGAAUGACUAUGCAAGUGACAUUAAUAACGGAGUUGAUUCAACCAUAAAAGGAAUCGCAGAUGUCUCGUCGAAUGACACCAAACAGGCACGACCUCCAAUCAAUGAGUACCGCUCGCACUUCACCAACUUCCAAACAAUAGUCUUACGAGUAGCCAUUGGAGGUGGAUUCGCUAUUGUGUUCGUUAUUAUCUUCACUCUUUUAUAUUACUGCUUUAGCAGGGGUAGCAAAAAGAAAUUUCCGAGAAAAAAAUCAGCUAAAGAUAAUCCCGAAAAGCAUGAGGCAGAGUCGUCUACCAGUGCUUCCACGGAACCAGGUGAAACUCAUGAGAUGAUAACAGCAGCAUCAACUGCAACAGUGACGGCAACAACGAGUGCCAGCGGAUAUGACCUGACAGCGACGAUGACAACUGGACGUGCGUCUGUAUAG